CCCGGCUCGGUGUCGUCCACCUCAGCCCCCACCGCCGCACACACAGCAGCACAUCAUCUCCAUCGCGCUCUCUCCAAGCAGCAGCACCGAAACCCUGUCUCUCCGGCGCGGCGAGCGAUUUCAAAUUAAGAACGAGAUGGUCCUCGGCGGCGGAGCUGCUGCGUUUGCGUCGUCGCUCCUCGUGGGCGCCGUCAUCUCCUACUUCCUUUGGCCAGUGGCGGCCCCGGCUGCCGCCGUCGUGAUGAUGAAGGCGCCCGGCGCCGGCGGGCUGCUCAUCUCCCGCGCGGCGUUCGCUGCCAACCCGCAGCUGUACUACAGCCUCCUCCGCACGGCCGGCGCUGCCGCCGCCGCCGCCGCAUUUGCUGUCUAGCCCCACUGGGAGGGUGAUGAUCUUAUUGUCGGAUCGGAAUGUCCAAAUAAAAGAUGGCGCGACGUCGUUUGCAUGUCGUGCACGCUAGCUAGCUGUUCACCUACUGUAUCAGUGUGUUAUCGAUUCUAUGUUCGUGCGUGCAUGCUUCACUGAUCGUGUCCUAGAUCUAUGUUUGCUUCUUAUUGCAGCUUGACAGUAUUUUAACAUCCACAUGCGCUGCGCCCUGUAUCGCGAUCUUGCCUGUGUUGAUCUUGUCAAUUUUCUUCUUUUUUUU